CACGCAACGUAGCAAACGUUGAAGCCAACUGAACACACCCCUUGUAAAUUCCUACCCGUCACUGCUCGCACCCCGUAUCAAACGAUAACGUUACCUUCAAACUAUUUCCAGGCUGGGCAACGAUACAUUACAACGGAGAAGAAAACUCCAUCGACAGAGGAGGGGUGAAACAGUGAAGAAGGGGCAACCCUGUACCACUGGAGUGAUCAUGGUAGGCGAACGUCGGAAUGGAAACCUGGUUGUCCAGCUGGGCCCCAAGUUGCAGGCCUACCCAGAGGAGUUGAUACGGCAGCGACGGACUCAUGAUGGCCAGACAGAGUACCUGAUCCGUUGGUGCCUGCUGGCCAUAGAUGACGCUAGUGGUUCUAGUGGAGGGAGCAAUGAGGCUGGAGGAGGAGGAAGCAGUUCAGGAGUGGGUGGCUCCAGCGGCUCAACCUCGGGAGAGAGCAAGACUGAGAACAUCCUGAUGUGGAUGUCAAUGGAGGAUGUGUACGCCAACUGCCCAACGCUCCUGGGCAAGCGCAAGGCAGACGCCCAGCGUCCUCUCCAAGAGGAGGAGGAGCGGCCCAGCGGAGAGUUCCCCGCUGAUGUCACCUUCGACGAGGUGGAGCUCUCUGACAUGAAGGACGAUGUCAAGAAUUUGGUCAAGAGGGCCCGCAAGCAGAUGGCCAAAAAGAGCGACUUUGCCAUCAGCAUCACACACACCAUUCAUGUGCUGAGUGCCUACGCCAGCAUCGGCUCACUGGUGGGCGUCUUCAAGGAGACAGGAGCCCUGGACCUACUCAUGGAGCUUCUCUGCAACAAGGAGCGACAAACCCGCCGAAGUGCUGGGAAGAUGCUCCGGGCUCUGGCCUCACACGAUGCAGGGAGCCGUGCCUACGUUCUACUGUCCCUCAGCCAGCAGGAUGGUAUCGAGCAGCACAUGGACUUCGACAAUCGCUUCACCCUCCUGGAGCUGUUUGCCGAGACCACCUCUUCUGAGGAGCAUGGCAUCUCAUUCGAAGGGAUCCACCUCCCUCAGAUCCCAGGAAAGCUGCUGUUUUCACUGGUGAAGCGCUACCUAUGUGUCACGUCCCUGAUGGACAAGCUGAACACAGCGGGGGUGGAGUCGAGCUCGGAGCGGCAAGACGCGGCAGGCUCCUCCUCUGGGCCGGGCCACUAUGUGGAGAACCUGCGGGUCCAGCGAGAAUUCGAGUUCACCAUGGCCAUGGCCAACCUCAUCUCUGAGCUGGUGCGGGUCAUGGGCUGGGACCGGAAUCGCCCACUGCCCCCGCAGCCCUGUGACCCGUCCCUGGGCGGCUCCAGCGGGGAAGACCAGGAGGACGAGCCCCCACGCAGCAAGCUGCGCUCCAUCUUCCAGCCUCGCUUUGCUUCUUCCGCCUCCCCCGUUGCUGUCGCCUCCACCACCAUGGCGGCAGCCGCUUCCGCCUCACCGCCCAAGAAGAAGGCCAGCAACGGCUUCAAGACACGCACAGACUUUGCUACCCGCUCGGCUUACGUGGAGUACGUGCAGGACAACCUGAAGAGCGGCAUGCUGGUCCGCAUGCUGGAAGACUACGAGGAGGUCAACGCCGGUGACGAGGGCGACUUCCGCUACAGUAACGACGGCUCACCGCCGGUGCAGGUGUACUGGAACUCGCUGUCACGGACCUACUGGGUCCACUGGCACAUGGUGGAAAUCCUGGGUACCGGUACCAGUGGACAGGGGGAGAAAGACACACAGGAGAAGGCUUCCUCCCUGACGGAGACCAUCAAGCUCACGGCUGUGAGUCAGACGUUCUUCUCCAAGCCUCCUGGUGGACUGUACUCAUUGCCUUACCUGGCUGAAGGGCUGCAGGCUGAUGGAGCCACCCUGAGCCGGGCUGAAUGGUGGGAAGUGCUCUUCUUCAUCAAAAAACUGGAACCUAAGCAACAGCAGGAGGUCAACAAUAUCCUCCGCCAGAGCCUCGACGAACAGAUGUCGGAUGUAGACGAGGCCACCCUUAUCCAGCUGUCGGUGCCAGGGGAGGUGGCCCGGAAGCUGCUCCACUAUUUGAAGCAGACCCUGCAGAACUCCUGUCUGUGGGACCUGCUCUGCUCCCAUGCCUUCUCUAAACACUACCUGCGGCGAGGCGGGGGAGGCCUGGAGGAAGACGAGCUACUGCCCGUCGGCUCCCCGGCCUCCAUCGGCCUCAGAGGAGGUCAGAACGGCUCUUUGUCCGGUGCCUCUUCGUCAUCCUCCUUUGCCAUGGGCUCAUUGUCCAAAAAGCCCAAGAAGGAGAGUCCUAUGGACUUUGGCUCUGACAGUGAGUCCGAACUGCCCAUGGAAGAUGAGUCGAACUACCCGGAUGACCUGGAGGAGAAGAUGAAAGUGUUCAACAACCCCAAGGUGCAGGGCAAAAAGACAGCUCUGGAGAAACUGGGGGAGGUAGUGGACAUCAUGAAGAAGAGUGGCUCUGAUCCAGGACACCAGCUGGCUGGGAUAAAGUUCAUCCUCAAGGUCCUGAAUGACGAAGGGCCUCAGGAGAGGACCACACUCAGGGCGGAGAUCGUCCAGACUAUCCGGGAGAAAGUCGUGAAGCUUCUGGUCGAAAUGCUAAGCGGGCAGCCAAAGGAGAAUAUUGUCAACGUUCUUCUCCUCACCCGCGCCCUCAUGCUUAAGUACGAAUGGAGGGUCUCCUUUGCUACGGAGGGGGGCGUCAAAGCGAUACUGUCUUGCAUGCAGGAGUACCCCACUGUACCACAGGUUCAGCAGGUCGCCUUGGCGGCUCUGAUGGUCAUCACCGGCGCCAGCAAGCAUGACCUCGGCCACAUGAGCAGCUGCUAUCUCCCCCUCUCAGAGUCCGGCACACCCAUGAUGCUGGGUGUCUUUGCCAGCAUCGGCUCCGCCACCCCCGAGGGCUCCAAGGGACUGUUGGCCGCCAUCCCCGCUGCCAUUGAGCUGAUGCUCAACACCCCCAGCUGUAUGUUGUCGGUGAGGAACGGCCUGCUGGUCGUCAUCAUGCUGAUCUCUAGCAGUAAGAGCCUGGCGGAGCAGCUCGUGGCCUGUGGCAUCAGCGCCGUGCUCAAGAAAUGCCUCGCAGCUUCGCGGCCGGAGAACAUGUUGGCCAUCAUCGCUCUCAACCACAUCUCCAUGGUUCACAAGUUGGAGAAAAAAGAAUCGAAGGAGGAGUUGGACUUUAAGGACACGGAGCUGAAGAUGCUGGUGGUGAGCCUGAAGGAGAUGACAGCCACCAAGGAGGUGAUCCUGACCCUGGAACAGCUGCUGUGUGACGACACCUCCCAGCUAGAGGAGGAGCGGAACCAGGUGACUCGCAGCCGAGAGACCUACCAGGACCUGGUGAGCCUCAUGGACCAGCACCGAGCUGACCGGGCCGCACAGCUCUCAAUCCUCAGAAUAUUAAACAAGUUCUUGGACAAUUACCAGGAGGAUCUCCUUCCAUGGCACGAGAGCAUAGAACCAUGCUUGUCCUCUAUGACCGCAUUCAUCAACGAUCGUGAGGUUGUCCAGCUGCUCAUCCGCUUCCUGUAUCGCUUGGCAUCCCUAAACAAAGACUACGCCGUGGUGAUGUGUCGACUGGGCACUAAGGACGCCUUGGUCAAGGCCCUUGACAAGCACAGUAUCAACCUGCUAAUGGUCACUGAAUUGAGGGACCUGAUUACAGACUGUGAGAAGUACGCCAGUCUCUACAAGAAGAUGACCACCAGCGUUCUGGCUGGAUGCAUACAGAUGGUUUUGGGACAAAUCGAGGAGCAUCGGCGAAGCCACCAACCAAUUAACAUCCCCUUCUUUGACGUCUUUCUGCGCAAUCUGUGCCAAGGCUCUAGUGUGGAACUCAAGGAGGACAAGUGUUGGGAAAAAGUUGAGGUUUCGUCAAAUCACCAUCGAGCCAGCAAGCUCACUGACAAGAACCCUAAAACCUACUGGGAGUCCAAUGGCUGCACAGGUUCCCAUUUUAUCAACAUCUACAUGCACAAAGGGGUGGUGAUUAGGCAGUUGGCAGUGCUUGUGGCCAGUGAAGACUCCAGCUAUAUGCCCGCCCGAAUGGUAGUGCUGGGCGGAGACGACCCCACUAACAUCAACACAGAGCUGAGCACAGUCAACGUGCCUCCGUCAGCCAGUCGCAUUGUGUUGCUGGAGAACGUGACCCGCUUCUGGUCUAUCAUACAGAUCCGGAUUAAGAGGUGUCAACAAGGUGGCAUCGACACGAGGGUCCAUGGCUUUGAGGUACUGGGACCCAAGCCCACCUUCUGGCCGGUGUUUAAGGAGCAGCUCUGCUGUCGUACCUACCUCUUCUACACCACCAAGGCUCACACCUGGUGCCAGGAGAUCCUGGAGGAAAAGACCCAGCUGCUGCAGCUCUUCAACAAACUGAACAGCGCCCUGCGACAUGAGCAGAUGUUCGCUGACCGCUUCCUGCCCGACGCUGAGGCGGCGGAGGCUCUGGGACGCACCUGCUGGGAGGCCCUCAUCACUCCCAUUGUCCAGAGCAUCACCAUCUCAGAAACCCAGGUCCUCAGUCCGCUCGCCUGGCUGCUUAGUGAGUACCUAGACAACGCUGAGUCAGCCCGGCGCUGCAAGAGCCGGGCCGCCAUUUUCAACUCGCGCGUUCGCCGUCUCACCCAUCUACUGGUUCACGUGGACACCAGCCGAGUGGACACGGAGGAGCUCAAAGCACCAAUCAAGUGCAAAGGUAUCAACCGAAGCAAAGAUUUAAAGAAUGGCAAAGAGGGCAAGAACAAAGAUGCAGCUGGUAUCUCCUCGUCGCCCUCGACCAGCUCUGUCAAGCCAAAAGUGAAGAACACCAGCAGUAUUGCAGGGAUAGCACUGUGCUGGCAGGGCGUUGUACAGAGACAGGUCAAGAAGUUCCUAAACUCGACUUGCAGCCUCGCAGACUUUGUGGAACGUUACAAGAACAUGUACCUGCAUCUGAAAAACGCAAUGGAGGAACUCUUUGGCCAGCAGACAGCGUUUGUCCUGGCACUUCGCCACGGCUUCUCUGCAGCACUCCUACAGCUCUCCAUCCUCACCGCCAUGCAUGUGAGCGAGCGGUUCGCCCAAUACAUCGACCUAAUGAUCCAGGAGAGUGGGGUUGACUCUGGCAACGUGGACACACUCAACCAGCUGCAGCAGUUCCUAGAACCCAUGCUCUUCCUCUCCGGCCUGGAAUUUGCCAACAGCUUUGAGCACUUCUACAGGUACUACCUAGGAGACAGACUUCUGGGCCAGGGCAAGUUGUGGUUGGAGAACGCGGUCAUCAUGCAGAUCGGUACAUGCUUCCCCAACCGCUUCCCCCAGCAGAUGCUGAAGAACAUUAGUGAGUCUGAGGAGCUUCAGCAGGAGUUCCACCUGUACCGCCUCCAGCAGCUGGACAAGACCUUGCAGGAUGUUGAUGAGGAGAUGAUGGACGAUCAGUCGUCAGAACCCGACCUGGACAGUGAGGUGAAGGUGCUGGUCCUUUCUCCUCGCUGCUGGGCCGUCUCCUCGCCCUGCUACAUGGACAACCCCAGCAGAUACUUCCCCCAGGAGCUUUGCACCUACCUUACAGAGUUCACAGACUUCUACUCUAACAGCCAGGUCAUGUACAGCCUGUCUCACAGCAAGCCCCGGCGUCUACAGUGGACCUGGCUGGGCCACGCAGAGCUGCUCUAUGGCUCCUGCACACUCUACGUCUCCACCCUGCAGAUGUACGUCCUCCUGCAGUUCAACCACCAAGAGGAUGUUUCCGUGGAGGCUCUUCAGCAGGCCACCGGCCUGUCCUCAACAAUGCUGACCCAUGCUCUCUCCCCCCUCACUGGGGAGAAGGGCGUUCUCUCCCAAACCAGUCCUGACAACAAUCUCGCUAAAGGAGUCCUGAGGUUGAACAAGAAAUAUCUGUCCCAGAGUUUGGAAAACCACAACUACUGCUACCUGUUGCCCAAGCAGACCUACCUGAAUGUGGACGAGGACGCUGCCCACUCGCUGGAGAGGAAGAGGAUGUUCAUCUACUGCCUGAUCGUGCAGAUAAUGAAGGCUGAGAAGGAGAUGCACAUCGACAACCUGGUGUUCAGAGUGUUGGUCACAUGCCAGAAGCGGGAGGCAAGUCGUUCCCCAGCUUCGGUGCGUUUCAGCUGCAGCACCCUGGAUGUGCUGUCCUGUGUCGUGCACGUCAUCAGCAAGGGCUACAUCCGACGCAACGAGGACAGCCCACACAUCGUGGAGUACCUGCCCGAGGACCCCUCCACACCCCAGAAGGGCCAGGCACAUUUCUCCUUCAGCAAGUCGGAGUUGAAGUCUAACCCCAGCAGCGACGGUGACAUCAGCUUGGGCAACAUUGCAGCAACUCACAGUGCAGAGGAUGGGGUCCUGGAGGCUGUCCUUCUGUCCAUGGGCCGGACCAUGAACCAGGAAGAGGUCCGGCAGCUGAUGCAGCGCACUGUCCAGCAGGUCUCCAGCGCCCUAAGCCUGGACCUGGACCGGUCCGAGCACCUACUUGUUCACUGCAAGUGGAACGUGGAUGUGCUCAUCCAGCGCUACACCGACGAAUCUGAGUCCCUGGUCGUGGCUGCUGGGCUUGAGGGCCGAAACCCUCAGCCACCCCCCAGCCCGGUGUCCAACUGCCCCGUGUGUUUCAUCUCCCAAAUGUCCGAGACCGAACCCGCUCCCACGCUCUGCUGCAUGCACUACUGCUGCCGGUCUUGCUGGCAGGAGUACCUCACGGCCAGGAUCGAGCAAAACCUGGUGAUGAACUGCAACUGUCCAAUCACAGACUGCCAAGCACAGCCUACCUCACAGUUUUUCUACAACAUCCUAACCGACAAGGACACCAUCGCGAAGUAUGAGAAUGCGCUCCUCCGGGGCUAUGUGGAGUGCUGCUCUAACCUGACCUGGUGUACCAACCCCCUGGGCUGUGACCAGAUCCUCUGCAAGGAGAACAUCGGCAGCAUGGGUACCUGCUCAAAAUGCUGCUGGUCCUCCUGCUUCAGCUGCAACUUUCCAGAGGCUCAUUACCCAGCCAGCUGCAGUCACAUGUCCCAGUGGAUGGAUGACGGCGGUUACUACGAGGGUAUGACAAUGGAGGCCCAGAGUAAGCAUCUUGCCAAGCUUAUCUCCAAACGUUGUCCCAGCUGCCAGGCCCAGAUAGAGAAGAACGAAGGUUGUCUACAUAUGACCUGUGCCAAAUGUAACCAUGGAUUUUGCUGGAGGUGUCUGAAGCCAUGGAAACCCACCCACAAAGAUUAUUACAACUGCUCAGCUAUGGUGAGUAAAGCAGCAAGACAGGAGAAGAAGUUCCAAGACUACAACGAAAGGUGCACUUUUCACAACCAGGCCAAGGACUUUGCAAUCAAUCUGGAGAGCAGAGUCUCCUCCAUCAAUGAAGCCCUGCAGAUGAAAUCCUUGACGUUUGUUAUUGAUGCCUGCAAAAUUCUUGCUCAGGCUCGCAAGGUGCUGGCCUACUCAUGCGUGUACAGCUACUACAACCAGGACACUGAGAAAAUGGAUGUGAUGGAGCAGCAAAUGGAAGCCUUGGAGCUUCACACCAACGCACUACAAAUCCUGCUGGAGGAGACACUGUUGCAGUGUACCGAUUUGGCGUCCUGCGUCCGUCUCCUGAAGCCUGAGCACCUCAACACUGGCUUGGAACUGAUCCGCCGCAUUCAGGAGCGUCUGGUGGCCAUUCUGCAGCAUUCGACUCAGGACUUUCGAGUGGGGUACAACUCCAAAACGGGACAGGAACAGGAAUCUGCUCAAGCUUCAAAUCUCUCUAAAACCACAGACGCCAAUGAAGUGGCUGGGGGCUCUGAGUCUGGUGACUCUGACAACAACAACCAUGAGGAGGACGCUGGCGAUGAAGUAGAGGCGGACGACGAGUAUGACGACGAAUACGUCCCCGAAUGGCACGAAGACUACGAUGAAGACGACUUAGAUGAGGAUGACUUCUUCUCUGAAGACGACGAGUCAGAAAACCUUGAGAGGGAUUUCAGUCCUUUUGACUAAAUUUCUGAACAUAUGAAGUCAGUCACAGAAGUCUGUACAGGCACUGCAAGCACCAUAUACCGUAGAAAACAGACAGUACUUAUUAAACACACCAAUCUGUCAAAGACCCCAGAUAAUAGAGAGAGGUCAUUGUCUGCUAUAAAGUGGAGGGUGGGUUUGAUUCUUAGUUUUCCUGUUCAGCAUCUUUGUGCUGAGCCUUCACAAUUUCAGUUCCAUGCCUCAACUGCAAUUGAUGUAUGUUGUUCACUUAAAGUUUUUCACUUAUUUUAUAUCAAAAUGUUUAUCAAAUGCAUUUGAAUUCCUAGAGACUUUCCCUCUCUUUCACAUGAUACUGUUUUGAAGUUGAUGAGGGGUUCCGUGAAUAAACUAAAUGUAAUUGAAGCGACAAUAUUCUUGGGAACAAAGCCCUAUAUCUUUGUUUAAUACAGAUGCUGCUUUUUCAUUUGCCCGUGCAAAUAAACGGAUUUAUAAAAUCCAGCGCUAGGAAGGCUUUUGUCUUAGAUUUAAGUUAAUGUUUUUAUAUCUUAUGUACAUUGACAUGUUGAGUUAGCGGUUCUAAAUGUCAUUCAUUACCCGAAGGUUUGCCUUUUUUGGUUGUUGAUUAAAUACAUGGAUAUGUAUGCCUUCAUUCAAAACAGUAAAAAACAGAAUUUAUUUAGAGAAAUUUCAAAUACAGUGCAAUUUUUUGUGUUUAUUUGGUAGUCUACUAAAGAUCAAUGUCAGUUAAUACAGAAUGUUUUAAGAGUGACAUGUUCAUGCGUCUGGUUUAAAGGGCUGCAGGUUGAAAAGAUUGGUUAAAUGUUACUAAAAGAGGAAACAUAUGUUGACAUUGUGUGUUUAUGGUGACCGUCACUGAGGCGGAUAGAGGAUAUUGCGUAGAUGCCAUAUUGAGACAUGCUGAGAUGUGGUCUAUCCAAGUCUGUCGCCAUUCUCUAAGAUCUCACUGCAAUAACGGAUUAAAAGUAUCAUAGCUCAUUAUUGCAUUAUUUGUUAAGCAAACCCUUACAUUUACUGUUGUGUUUUUUCUGGAAAAGAACAUUUGAAAUGUACAGGUGGUAUCUGAUAUCGACAUCCCACUUCCCUACAAUCUGAGAGAUCCUUAUAUUCAUACUGUGCAUCUUUAAAAAUGUUCUAUCUUUCUGAUCUCCUUGUUGAAGUUGAGCAACUUCAGCUGACUAAAUAAAUCAUUUUUCUGCUAUCA